AUGGUUCUUUCUUUCUUGCAUAUCGGAGCGGCCCUGUUAGGAUUUUGUAUGAGCUUUCUUGCUUUGAAUGCAUGGGUUCCAUUCAGUUCUAGCUUUGACUAUGUGGUGGUCGGGGGUGGAACGGCGGGAAUCACAAUUGGCGCGCGCCUGGCUCAGCACGGCUCUCGAGUUGCAAUAGUGGAGGCGGGAGGCUUCUAUGAACUUCAACAUCCUGUCGCCAAGGUACCUGGGGCAGCGAUCAUUGGCAUUGGGUCCAAUCCAAAGACGGCAUCGCCCAUCGAUUGGAGAUUUGUGGUUCAUGGUGCUCCUGGUGCAGACUAUCGCGACAUUCACUACCCUAGAGGCAAGUGUUUGGGUGGAUCGUCAGCAGUCAAUUUCUUGUUAUAUCAGCGGCCAACCCAAGAGGCAAUGAUGAAGUGGGCUCAGCUGGUCGAUGAUCCGAGUUAUACGCUAGAGAACUCUUUUCCCUUUUUCAAACAAACAAUCGAAUUCACACCUCCUGGCCUGCGAGAUGGAGUCGCCAUGCCCUACAACGAGUCUUCAUUUAGCCCUUUGGGCGGUCCGUUGCAUUUGUCGUAUCCGAAAUACCCUAUGCCAUUUUCCAGCUGGGCGCAGCGAGCGUUCACAGAGGCUGGUAUACAUGAAGCGGAGGACUUCAGUAGUGGAUCACUGAUCGGACACCAAUUCUGUCCGAUGACAAUUCGACCCAGAGAUCAAACGAGGAGUACAUCUGAGUCCGCAUUUAUCGGGGCUUUCCAUUAUAUGGAGAAUCUUACCGUUUACCAAAAGACGAUGGCCACAAGGAUAUUGUUUGACAAUGACAAUCGUGCUGUUGGAGUGAGAGUGAAACACAAAUGGUCAUACACUUUGACAGCAACGAAGGAAGUAAUACUAUCGGCGGGCGCAUUUCAAUCUCCGCAACUCUUGAUGGUGUCAGGGGUUGGCCCAGCCGAAAUCCUUCAAAAACAUGGAAUCGAGCUCAUCGCUAAUCGCUCCGGUGUUGGCCAGAAUAUGUGGGAUCACAUAUUCUUUGGACCUUCAUACCCAGUCGCAAUAAACACUUAUACCAAGCUGGCGCAAAGUACGAACCAUCUUUUGACUCAGAUCUUGAACUGGUUUCUAUGGAAGAAAGGAAUUUUGUCCAACCCUUCAACAGACUAUCUUGCCUUUGAGAAAAUUCCUCUACAAUUUAGAUCGACUUUGACAGCCCAAGACGAGCAGGACCUCUCUUGGUUUCCUUCAGAUUGGCCUGAAUUAGAGUAUCUAGUCGCCUCUGCAUAUGUUGGUAAUUUUUCGAACCCAUUUUGGCAGCAGCCGAUCACUGGGCAAUAUGCGAGCAUUGUUGCUAGCAUUGUUGCACCCACCUCUCGCGGGAAUGUGAGCAUUCGAUCAGCGAACAUGGCAGACCUACCGAUAAUCAAUCCAAACUGGCUAGAAACGGAGACCGACCGCAAGAUGGCAAUCAUUGCUUAUAGACGUAUCCGUGAUUUUUUCAACACAAAAGCCCUGGCCCAUGUUCUAGCGGGACCUGAGUACUUCCCGGGCCGAUGGAUUCAAAGCGAUGAUGAAAUAUUAUCUGUGAUCAAACAGACAAUGAUGACAAUAUACCAUGCUUCAUGCACUUGUAAGAUGGGGGUUGAGAAUGACAGCAUGGCGGUCGUGGAUAGCCAUGCAAGGGUCUUUGGAGUCUCCGGUUUGAGGGUAGUGGAUGCCAGUGCAUUCCCUAUUUUACCACCGGGACACCCUCAAUCCACUGUUUAUAUGCUGGCUGAGAAGAUUGCUGCCGACAUAAUAUCAUCAUGA